CGCACACUCACUCAAGACACUCACAGGCACUCAACACACUCAUACGUUCCCAACUCCAUCCAACCCCACCAUGGCCACCUCCACCAUGUCUGUCUGCUCUGACGCUUGCACCAACUCCUCCUGGCAGGUGGAUGACUGCCCAGAGAGCUGCUGUGAGCCCAGCUGCUGUGUCCCCAGCUGCUGUGUCCCCAGCUGCUGCCAGCCCAGCUGCUGUGGCCCAUCCUCCUGCAUUACUCUUGUCUGCACCCCAGUGAGCUGUGUGUCCAGCCCCUGCUGCCAAUCUGCCUGCUGCACACCCUUAUGCUGCCAGCAGUCUAGCUGCCAGCCAGCUUGCUGCACCUCCUCACCCUGCUGUGUAACCCUGUGCUGCAAGCCUGUCUGCUGCAAGCCAGUCUGCUGUGUCUCCAUCUGCUCUAGCUGCCAGCCAGCUUGCUGCACCUGCUCCCCCUGCCAGCCAUCCUGCUGUGUGCCAGUUUGCUGCAAGCCUGUCUGCUGCAAGGCUUCCUCCUCAUGCUGCUGACUGUCCAACUGUGAGCCUGAUUCCCAUCCACUUUCCCUGACCUAUGGUCCUGCUGGAUGCUCUGGGCCCACUUGCUCUUACCCUUCCUUCACCAGCCCAGCCAGGUCUGGAGCCCGAGUGUCCUCCAGCUACUCUCCUACCUCAGCUCCUAAAAAUGCUGGUUGUUCCAACCAUUCCCAAUCUGGCUGGUUUGGUUCUGCUAUCAGCUGUGUUACUCUUGUCCUCUGAGCACCAAUAAAACCUCUUCUGUCCCA